AUGAUGCAACUCUAUGACCUCCCCCAUGCUGAUACGAGAACGAUCCCCUCCACAUACCGACCUAUCAAAAUGAAAGCUUCCAAGGGAAGACCCAUUCUUCUCGCGUCAUCUCGGGAUGCUCUUUCUGCUAGUACAUCUGCUACCCCAUCAGGGUCUAUUCUCUCUGCUAGCACCUCUUCCAGCUCUAUUGCGCCACUCACUAUCCCUUCCACCAGCACAUCUACUAGCCUUGCUACACCCCGGGACACUACCUCUGCUACAAGUAAACCUUUUCUUUCGUCCACAUCUGAAAAACGUGGUGUAAUCACCCCACCUGUUCAGGGCUUGCCCAUCUCUCAUACACAACAAUCUCAAUUGAGCGCUAAUGUUGACGUGGGCUCUUCAUCCAAACCGGAUAUUUCUCGGGUUGCUAUUUCCUCUCUUCCCUCAACAAAUAUCGCGUCAUCGUCUUUAUCGAGUCCUCUCCCACAGAAACUGCCGCCGGAAACCGAUAGUACGAUAGCAGUCCUUCUAAAGGAGCUAGAGGCGAGCAAGCGAGAAAUUCGCCAGGAGAGAGCCCAGCGCGAAAUAUUGUCACGAGCCUUCAGGGAGCGGGAGAAGGCAUUAAUAGUAGAGUUGAACAAGCAACAGGAGCAAAAGGCGCAGUCCGAGAUCCAGGCCGGUGAGAAUGAGAAGCUGAGGACGACUCAUGUGGCUAUCUUGAAUCGACUGAACAACAUCGGGGGGCAUGGUUCUCAAGAAGACAUAUUUGCUGCUCUUGCUUCGGUCGAAUCUCAAUUCGCAGAUGGUACUGCCCAACUCCACGCCAUGAAGGCCGCUUUGGAAGCCGAGGUCGACGCAAGACGUCUGGCUGAGAAGCGAUUAGAGCAAGAGCAGGCAAGGCAUGUCAGAGUCAUCAAGGAUAUCGAAAAGGAGCAGAGAGAGCCGUUCAUUGUUCCUGCAUUGCUAGAGGCAUUUGUGAGCCUGUCAAAAUUGACAGAGAGCGCGGUUCAAGCAGGGGCGCGGUAG